AGUCCGUCCCAACACGAUGAGACGAAGACGUGUUAACACAAAUCCUCUUAACACUUCUGAUGAAGAAGCCAAACCCGAAUAUUCAAGCUUUGUUUUAUUCGCUUCCGAAAACAGAGUCUUUGCGGUUUGUUUAGCUGUAAGAAUUGUGAAUGCUCUAUUGAUUCAAACUUAUUUCAACCCAGAUGAGCACUGGCAAGCCCUUGAAGUUGCCCACCGUAUGGCUUUUGGGUAUGGUCAUUUGACAUGGGAAUGGAAGAAGGGGAUUCGAAGUUAUUUGCAUCCAAUGCUGUUUGCUCUCCUUUACAAAAUUCUUGCUCUUUUGCAUCUUGAUACUCCAUUGGUCAUGAUAAAGGCUCCACGGCUGUUGCAGUCCGUAUUUUCUGCAGUUGGUGAUUUAUACUUGUAUAAACUCUCUCAUGUCCUCUUUGAUGGUCAUGUUGCAAAGUGGGCAUUGUUUUGUCAAUGGACAAAUUGGUUCAUGUUUUACUGUUUCAACCGCACAUUAUCAAAUAGUUUGGAGACUGUUCUUACCCUUGUAGGGCUGUACUAUUGGCCCUGUAUGAGAGUUUCUUCUGGCAACGUUCACUCUGUUUCAAGGAAGAGGGGAUUGGUAGUGGCAGCAUUAGCUUGUGCCAUUCGACCAACAAGUGCUAUUACAUGGUUGUACGUUGGCCUUCUUGAGCUGCUUGUUACACGUGAUAGACUCAGAUUUAUUUUUUUGGAGGUGCUCCCAAUUGGGGUCCUGAUGCUUGGAUUUACAUGCUUACUGGAUCGCUGGAUGUACGAUUCAUGGAUUUUAGUGCCUCUUAAUUUUCUAAAGUUCAAUUUUCUUUCUUCUGGUGGAGACUAUUAUGGAACUCACAAGUGGCACUGGUACUUCACCAGUGGAUUUCCAGUCAUGCUCUUCACUUGGAUACAAUUUUCAUUUGUUGGCAUCAUGAAGUAUAAACACUGGAAACUUUCUGGCCUUAUAGUAUGGGUUCUUGCACUUUACAGUGUACUAGGUCAUAAGGAAUUCAGGUUUGUCCUUCCUGUGCUUCCAGUAGCUUUGAUUUUCUCUGGAUAUAAUCUGGCUGAUACGGAAAGAGCUGAUAGGAAAAGGAAAAGUGCUUUAAAUGUUCAUUCCAAGUGGCCUUCAAAAACGCAAUUUACAGUUUUCUUCUUGCUUGUUACCAAUAUACCAAUGGCCUUGUACAUGAGUUUGGUUCACCAGAGAGGAGCAGAAGAUGUGAUGAACUAUCUCUCUAAAGAAGCCCAGAAUGAGAAAGUGAAAAGUAUUCUUUUCCUAAUGCCCUGUCAUGCCACACCUUACUACUCCACUCUGCAUUGCAACCUGCCCAUGCGGUUUCUUGACUGUUCACCAAGAGAAGAUAAGGAACUAGAUGAGUCAGACCGUUUUUUGAGUGACCCUGUUGGUUUUACUUCAGAAAUUGCAAAAAAUGGGUCUUUACCAAGUCAUGUUGUAUUAUUUAGUUCAGAGGAAAUACUGUUGAGGGAUUUACUUAUAUCAUAUUCUUACAAAGAGGUACAACAAUUUUUCCAUGCUCACUUUAAGGUGGACCGAGAUCUUCAAGCAUCUGUCAGUGUAUAUGCUUUGACUGGCCAGUGACCGUCAUUCCAUUGCAAUAGGUUUUCGUAACCUAAUCUUUCCUUGAGACUUGCUGACCAACUUAACAUUGUUAUUUUCGAAUUCUAAGAUGAUUGUGGAGUUGUAUUUGUUACUCCAAAUGCUAAAGUAAAGCUGUUUUUCUACUUCCAUCUGGAAUAUUGUCACUUUAUUUAGUUGAAAAGCUUAUGCUCAAUUUGCUGUUCUCAUUUGAAGUCCAUAAAAAUUCUAUGGUAUAACAUUUUUGAAUUCCCUUUAA